UAAUAAAUUUACAAAAAUCAAAGAGAAGAACCAGAAUUUGCCUUCUCUUUAAUUCAUCACUUUCAUCGUCUCUCUUGAGGCAAAGCACGUUGUUUUGGAGCCAUUGUUUUCAUCAUCUCUCUCCACAGAUCUCCUAAAGCUUCAAUUGAUAUAAUUCCGAUUAUACCUCGAAGAUCCGUUGGUGGUGGUGUGAGGUAGUGGAAGAUUCUAGAAGUUCGAAGGCAGCCUGAUCGCUGAAGGUCGAUUUAGGGUUUUGUCAAGUUGAUGGAUGAUCGAUAUGCCUCAACUGCGUAGUGGAGUGCGCAGAGGCCGUCGACCGAUUGAAGCAGAACCUAACAACAACAACAACAACAACAAGAGAGUUACAAGGCGAGCGACUGUCGCACGGACUACGAGACAGAGGCGAGCGCCAGGAAAUAGAGUAGUUGGAGGAAGGAAGAAGAAAAAUACAAAUAACGAGGAGGUUAAAGAAGUAAUUUUACCAGUAGAUGAUGAGAAUGCUGUAAAGGAAACAGCGUCUGGCGGUGAAGAGGAUAAGGAGAAGAAGGAAGUAGAGAAGGAGGAAGAAGAAGUAGGAGAAAAACAGAUGGAUGAGUAUGAUAGUGGAGGCGGCCAAAGCGGCGGCGAUAAGAAUUUGGCUGCUGAGGAUGAAGGCAGCACUGCUCCACUGCCUGAAAGGGUCCAGGUUGGUGGAUCACCAGCUUAUAGGAUUGAUAGGAAACUUGGUAAAGGAGGAUUUGGUCAAGUGUAUGUGGGUCGUCGUGCAAACCCACCAAAUCCACAUGAAAGAACUGGCCCAGGAGCUUUCGAGGUUGCCUUGAAAUUCGAGCACAGAAGCAGCAAAGGUUGUAACUAUGGACCACCUUAUGAGUGGCAGGUCUACAAUGCCCUUGGUGGUAGUCAUGGUAUACCACGUGUACAUUACAAGGGACGUCAAGGUGAUUACUAUAUUAUGGUUAUGGAUAUGCUUGGUCCUAGUUUGUGGGAUGUUUGGAACAAUAAUUCCCAUGCGAUGUCUAUUGAAAUGGUAGCAUGCAUUGCCAUUGAAGCAAUUUCCAUACUCGAGAAAUUGCACUCCAGAGGGUAUGUGCAUGGAGAUGUAAAGCCUGAAAACUUUCUUCUUGGAACUCCUGGAACUCCUGAUGAGAAAAAAUUGUUUCUUGUUGACCUUGGGUUAGCAACAAGGUGGCGUGAUACUUCUACUGGCUUACAUGUGGAAUAUGAUCAACGGCCUGAUGUCUUUAGAGGAACUGUAAGGUAUGCUAGUGUGCAUGCUCACCUUGGAAGGACUGGAAGCCGAAGGGAUGAUUUAGAGUCGCUGGCUUACACUCUCGUCUUUCUUCUCCGAGGCCGGCUGCCUUGGCAGGGAUACCAGGGCGAGAACAAAGGUUUCCUUGUCUGUAAGAAAAAGAUGGCAACUUCUCCAGAAACUCUUUGCUGCUUCUGCCCUGCUCCGUUUAGACAGUUUGUGGAAUAUGUUGUGAACUUGAAGUUUGACGAGGAGCCUAACUAUGCUAAAUAUAUCUCCUUGUUUGAUGGAGUAGUAGGUCCAAAUCCGGACAUCAGGCCAAUCAACACUGAUGGUGCACAGAAGCUUAUAUACCAAGUUGGGCAGAAAAGAGGAAGAUUGACAUUGGAAGAAGAUGAUGAUGAACAGCCAAAGAAGAAGGUUCGCAUGGGAAUGCCUGCGACACAAUGGAUCAGUGUUUACAAUGCUCGGCGCCCAAUGAAGCAAAGGUAUCACUAUAACGUUGCUGAUAUGAGGCUAGCUCAGCACAUCGAGAAAGGAAAUGAGGACGGACUAUUUAUCAGCAGUGUGGCAUCUUGUUCGAACUUGUGGGCCCUAAUCAUGGAUGCGGGGACUGGGUUUAGUGCCCAAGUUUAUGAACUGUCACCUCUUUUUCUUCACAAGGAAUGGAUUAUGGAGCAAUGGGAGAAGAAUUAUUAUAUUAGUGCCAUAGCAGGAGCUAAUAAUGGGAGCUCAUUAGUUAUCAUGUCAAAGGGUACCCAGUAUCUGCAGCAAUCAUACAAAGUCAGCGAGUCUUUUCCAUUCAAGUGGAUAAACAAAAAAUGGAAAGAGGGGUUUUAUGUCACUGCCAUGGCAACUGCAGGAAAUAGAUGGGCAAUUGUUAUGUCUCGUGGGGCUGGGUUCUCUGAUCAGGUCGUGGAAUUAGAUUUUCUCUAUCCUAGUGAAGGGAUCCAUAGGAGAUGGGAUGCUGGUUAUAGGAUCACAUCGACUGCAGCCACAUGGGAUCAAGCUGCUCUUGUUCUAAGUGUUCCAAGAAGGAAACCUGCAGAUGAAACACAAGAGACCCUUCGUACUUCUGCUUUUCCUAGCACUCAUGUCAAGGAGAAAUGGGCAAAAAAUCUUUACCUUGCAUCUGUCUGUUAUGGGCGAACUGUUUCUUGAGGCACCAAAGUUUUGUUGGUAACUUUUCUGGGUGUCAUGAGAUACCCUUAAUGUGCCUUCAGCAAUUUCCUGCUUAUAUUUUUAACUAACGGAGAAAAAUAGACGACACCGUUUCGUGCUUAUCAGGCUGGCUUUUCUCCUUGUUUGGAGAGGCUACUCUCAAAAUCCAUUGCCAUCAAUGUAUGUGAUUAUUAGCAUAGGCAGUACAUGAGCUAGGAUGGGAGUAAUUUACAUAUUGGUUAAAGAUUGUACAGCUUGAACAAUAAAUACUUUUCUUAGGCAAGUAUAUUUUGUAGUAUUAUGAACCCUGCAAUUUAAAGUUUUGUGAAGGAGUUUGAACGCUGGGAGUCGAUCUCAUUUUCUAUUUCUA